AAACACAAAAUCAAGCGAAUAUAUAUGUGGAUAUUUAAUCUUAAAGACGGAACACCCCAAAUUAUUCAUUUUUGAAACACAACUAGGUACUAGCUUUGUUAAAAACACAAAAAUCGCGAUCUCAAAUUUAGACCUAUUUGCAUAUGUAAAUUCCAAGUUUAUUUAUGUCGAAAAACACAUCAGGAAACAAAUGAAACAAUUGUACGUCGAUAUUGUAAGCCAAAAAUGUUACUUGGAGCAACAAACAAUUAAAAAUUCGUUAUCUCUAGCUACUCAAGCACCAGACCAAUUCGCGUUUGAUAUUAUGAAGGGUCCAGGGUAUAUGGCAUUGGUUUCAGGAGAAUCAAUCCACAUAAUUAAGUGUACCCCGAUGGAAGUAAAAAUCCAACAAGGAGAAAACUGCUACAAUGAACUUCAAGUAACCGCCAACAACAAAACAUUUUUCCUUUCUCCAAGGACACAUGUUCUGAAAACCAGAGGAACCCAAAUCCAGUGUAAUUCUCUUUUACCAUCAUACUACCUCGUCAACGAACAUUGGUAUAAAAUACUACCACAAGUCGUCGAAACAAUCCCACCUGCAGUGAUCCAACCUUCCAAGCCCAACACGUGGAAGUACAUCAACCCCGAGGAUUUGGCUACCAGUGGAAUCUACACCGAGAAAGAAAUUGAUCAACUCAACGAUAAAAUCAUGUUUCCUGUAGAGAAAACUGCAGUUCUAAAUAACUUAGCUAUGAGUAUGAGUGGACAUCAAAUCAUCUCUACCAAUGACAAUGUUCUGAAUCUAUUUAAUGAACAAGUUGUCGAAAAAUUCGUAAACAACACUUGGAAUAAGAUGUGGGACAAAUUUAUGGUUUUCGGUACGGCAAGUGCUAAAGUUUUUGCAAUCUUCACCAUUUUUCACCUCCUCAAAUCUGUGGUGAACACACUAGUCCAUGGGUACACUCUUCAUUCCAUCUAUGGUUGGUCCAUUCAUCUAUUAGAUGCAAUCUGUGGGUCUGUAGCUCAUUUAUUACUACAACUGGGUACUCGACCACCCCAACCUGAAGAUGUUCCGUUACAAGAAGUCACUUCGCAAGCAACGAAAGAAGUCCCAGCGGCAGAAGCUCCUCCUUCGCAACAACUAUAUCCUUCAAAUGAACUACAAAACAAAGAGGAUACUUCAACUUAA